AUGAAUGAAAAAACAAAACAGAAUAAAAUUGGGAUGCUGCACGGAGAGCUCCGUGCAGCACGAAGAGUUUCUGAGAGUUUCUCCUUGCUGCACGAAGAUUUCUUUACUCCCUUUCUUUUAAUGAAUGAUUCUGUCUUUCUCCAAUGGCCAAUGAAAUUAGUUUUGUACAUAGGAUAUACUGGACAGCUUCAAGGAGACAGAAUUUUGGUAUGCAGAUCCUGGAAGCAUGUCGGGAAAUUCAACGCGUUCUGGAUCAUUCAGGAGGAUACUUCAGCCUCAGCCUCAACGAGUAGUGAAAAAUGGUGGUUGCCGGUUCCUUGUGUUCCUUCUACUGGCCUAUCUGAGAAAUCAAUGAAACAUUUGUUCCAAAAGCGUGAUUGUGCCUACCAAAUUCACAAAGCUUCACUGUCCAUCAAUAAUAGCAUUCUUGCUGAAAUGGAGAUACAAAAAUCAUACCUGGCAACUCUGCCUAAGAAUGGAAAAGCAAGUGUGGGAGAUAAUAUUCACCACUACAUGUAUACCACAGAAAAAUUUUCCCCGGGUUGUCUUCUUGAUUCUCUUGAUAUAGGCUCUGAACAUGAGGCACUUGAUAUUGCUACGGAGAAGAAAGCGCUUGCAGAGGCGGAGGUAGUGCCGGUUACAGGUGUGAGCGUCAAGGAUGCAGUGGCGGAGGUAGUCCCUGACAGACAGUAUUGGAUGCUUAACCCUGACAAAUCUAGGGAAUGCGGAUUAUGA